CAACGCCACCCUCGUCCACCACCAGCACUCUGCGUGUCAGGACGCACGGAAACCCGCGUCUUCAGUUCAUUCACGGGUUGAUUUUUAAAGCCGCUCACGCCAUGGACUCUGCGGCUCGUCGGCACCAGCACGUCGUUGUCUUCCAGUGCCGCAGUCUGGACGGACAAGAAGUCCGCAGGGUCGAAAACUAUUUCCAAAUUCGCCGCAAGUCCGGUGGAGGAGAGUGCGGCUCCGUGAGCGAAGUCGGCGACAAAGUUUACAGCAUCGCGUUUAAAGAGCGAGAAGCUCAGCAAAGAGUCCUGCAGAGGCCAGAACAUGUGUUGGAGUUGGCAGAUGGUCCUCUGGUCCUCACCAUCCAGAGCAGCCCAGGAUCUCCCAGCUCAGCUCCCACCUCCAUCUCCACAUCAGUUGGUGCAAAACUGAGCUUGACCUCAUCACAGAGCUCACAGUCUACUCCUGCCUCAAUACCUCCAUCAAGUGGUGAGGAGUAUGAACUACAGUGUGAUACUUACCUACAGAAUUAUCUUAAGGAAUGUGACAAGGCUGGGAAAGAGCUAGAGACAGAACUUGCCUCAAUGGCCUGCACUGCUCAGUUUUACCCAGAGGAGGGCAGGGUUUUGGUCAGGAGAUUAGCUCAACCUGAUGCUGCAGAUGAAGGCACAAAGUGGAAAUCUGAGGUGAACAAGCUCUUCGAUGGCUACCUGUGCCACUUUGAGGUGGACCCCCACAAAGUCAAGGCUUUGCUUCAGCCUCCUAGCUCUCACAAAGACUUAGAUCAGGUGAAGGUUUACAAUGAAGUUGGUAUGGCUGUCGUGGUUGGGAAACGUGUCCAGGUUAAUGCCAGGCUGACAGACAUUGAGGGCUUGGUUGUGAAACCUCAAAGUUUUUGUAAGAAGGAAACUUGCACUCGACGCCUUGGUGAGGCAAAACUGCGCCUCCUCUGGAAAAAAAUUGAGCAUGAUUUGGGACAAAAAUGCCCAGGCAUUAAGGUCACACAGGGAGAUGCAGGUCAGGUUGUUUUGGAAGGUGCUGUGUUGGACAUGGUUGAGGCUGAUGAAUUGAUCGCUAAAGCAGGGAGUCUGGUGUCAAAAAGGACAGUUUCUGACAUGAGCCCACAACUUUUGGCCUUUCUAAGGAAAACCUAUGGAGGCCCGGGGAUGCUAAGUGACAUCUUAGGGGUUGGUGAUGCGGUUGAAAUUGAGUUACGAGACACGGAGAUCUGUUUCCUCUCCCUGUCUGCAGAUAACCUGGAUGACUCGGCAAAAAAAAUGAAAGAAAAGUUCACGGAAAUCAAGAUUUUUCUGCCCCAUUGCACCACUGUUCCACCAGAGCUUCGGAACAAGCUUCAGUUCAAGUCACAUGAGUUGAACCAAGGACAAUAUAGGGCUCAGGUCCUGUUUGGCCCAGCCAACACAGUGUGCUUAGUGGGCCACACCAAAGAGGUUGAAGACCUAAAUGAAACUGUUGAAGAAUGCAUUUUAGACCAAACAAGCAUCAACAGCAAAGUAAUUGUCCCUUUUCCAGAGUUAGUACAACUCUUACCAGAACUGCUGCAGCUGCAUAAGUUUGAUUAUUCAGGGGUUACUUUCCAUCCUCUAACGUUUUCCACUAAGUCCAUGGUGUGUCUGGAAGGUCCAUCCAGAAAGGUGACUGAGGUUAGGAACAGACUGGGUCCAUUUCUAGAUUCCCUCGUUCAGGACAACGUCACCAUCAACCUGCCAGGUGCAUUGAGGUAUUUUGAAAGUCCCUUAGGACAAGAGUCCAUUUUAAAAGUUGCCCGUUCCCAGAAGUGUCUCAUAAAGCUUUGUGAAGAACUUCAAGCUAGUCGGACUUUCACAUCUGGUGCAACACUGAGUAAUGGAGGGAACACAGUUGCCAGCUACACACUUUGUGACGGACUCCAGGUAGUGGUGUGUCUGGGUGACAUUACCAAACAGCAUGCUGAUGCCCUGGUUAACGCUGCUAAUGAAGAUCUGGACCACUGUGGAGGUGUUGCUGCUGCUCUGAGUAAAGCAGGUGGACCCAAAAUACAGAAGGAGAGUAAUGCGAUUGUCAAGCAAACUGGGAAAAUUCGUACAGGUGAUGUGGUCGUGACCACAGGCGGGAGCUUGCGCUGUAAGACACUGCUGCAUGCUGUUGGGCCUGUAGCUAAGAAAUCAGGUGGCAAUGAAAGGUUCUUGUUGGAAAAAGCUGUGCACUCUACUCUGAAUAUGGCUGAAUCGAUGGAGAUCAGCUCUAUAGCAAUACCAUGUAUCAGCUCUGGUGUGUUUGGUGUCCCUGUCACUGUGUGCUCUGAGGCUAUAGUGACUGCUGUGAAAGUGUUUGGUAGUCAAGGAGGUCGGAGUCUGAGAAGAAUAACCUUGAUUGAUAACAGAGAAGAGGUGGUGAGAGCCAUGCAGGGAGCAUGUGACCGGCUUUUCCAAGGAACAGGCACAACAUUAGGUACACCUAGUAAUUUGGGGCUCCAGUUGGACGCUACCGCCCAAGACACAGCAAGAGGAGCCACUGGUGGACCCCCUGAAGUUAAAGUUGAGCUUGUUGAGGGCACAAUUGAGACCCAGCUGGUUGAUGGCUUGGUAUGUCCCAUGUCUGGCCAUGAUCAUCUCUCCAGCCGCAUUGGAUGUGAUUUGUCCAACAUUGUAGGGCCUCAGCUAAAUGCCAAGUUUCAUAAAGAAGCAGGUGGAGCUUCACUGCCUGGGGACAUAGUUCUGCUCGUUGGCUUGGCUCCUCUCCCAUCAAAAGCAGUGUUCUUCCUCAAUCUUCUCCCCUGGGAUAACAACGAACAUGGAACUGCAGUACAGGCCCUGAGACAAGGAAUAAGAAAAAUUCUUGCAUCCUGUGAGAUUAGAGUCUUUACCUCACUUGCUCUCCCUGUCCUCGGGACCGGUGCUGUCCUGCAGUUUCCUCACACCACAGCAACCAGGGUUCUACUCGAGGAGCUCCAUGACUUUGAACAGAACCGAGUCAGCGGGCUACCUUUCCUGGUUCGCAUUGUUAUUCACCCCACAGACAAAAAAUCCAGCAAGGCGUUCCAGUCUGCUCAGCAAACAUUGCAUCUCAAAGGAUUCACAAAUGAUGCCAACCCUGAUCAAGCUACCUUUUACCGCCAUGUCUCAAGGUCUAAUAUUGACAGUACAGCCAUGCUGGGUGGAGUGAAACUUCAAAUGCUCUGUGGAGACAUUGUAAAUGCGGGCACUGAUGUCCUUGUCAAUACAACGGAUUUCUCCAACAAUCACUCUGGUGUUUCCAAAGCUAUUCUGACUGCAGCAGGACCUUCUAUUGAAGCAGAGUUAAAACAACUGGGCACUCCAGCAGACCACAUGUGCACCACAGGACCUGGGUUGCUCAGUUGCCGAGAAAUCAUCCAUGCUAGUUUCAGCUGUGAUCCAAAGGUGAUUCAGAAGAAUUGCAAGAAGAUACUGAAGCAGUGUGAGAGCAAAGGCUACCAGUCAGUGGCCUUCCCAGCCGUCAAUACCGGUUUGGGCGGUAUGGACUCCGUUAGAGUGUGUAAAGCCAUGCUAGACGGCAUGGCAGCGGCAAUUAGGGACUUGAAGCCGAACUCCCUCUCACUCAUCCGCAUCGUAAUCCUGCAACAACCUAUCUUCCAGAUUUUCAGAUCAGAGCUGGAGAGUCGCUUUGGUCAAAUCGCCCCUCAACGCACCCUUGGAGAAAAAGCUAAAGAGUUGUUGAAGAGUUUAAGACCCUCUUCAGCACUACAAGACAAAACCUUCAUGUCCUCAAAGCCUCAGCCGGCUGUGUUGAAUGUGAUUUGCUGUGGUCCAGGCGUCGUCAUGACCAUCAAGAGAGAUUUCGAGGGGAUCCUGCAGAAGCAGCUGAUUCAGCGAGAGGUGGAUGUGCAUGACUUUUCCAGGCUUGAAGAGAUGGAGCUGGAGGCAGUGCUAUCGAAAGUCAGAGUCCUGGGAAUAAGCCUGGAACGCGAGAGGCGCCAAAGUGAUGAACCUGCCAAAGGCAAGCGAGCAGGAGACACAGGUAGAGCCAAUGCCAGGGAUCAGUCAGGUACAGGAGACGAGGUCUGCGUGCUGAGAGGCCUGAAAGAAGAUGUCUUGAGCGUCACUGAACUAAUCAGCAAAGCCAUCCACAAUUCACUGUGUGAAGACAUCCAAGACAAAAACGAAGCAAUGACGUCCCUGGCUGUCCAGUGGUCCAUUCAGGAUGUUCAUGAAGUCUGGCAGGAGCUGAGCCAGCAUGACAACUACGUGCUGGAGGAAGCUCAUAGGAUGAAACAGUUGUUAGUUGACAUCACAGCACCAGAUGCAACAAUAGCAAGUGUAAACCUCAGGACACUGAAGGCCACAAAUUUGCAAACUGGGAUCAAAUACAAUGUGAGACGGAAGGAGACGGGAGCAACAUUUGAGUAUCCAGCAUACUGGGAACCUAUGCAAGACGAAACCUUUAAAAAGGUUGAACUACACCCAAACACAAAUGAGUACAAGUCUGUAGCCCAGGCUUUCCUCGCAACCGCUAAAUACAGGAUUCAAAAGAUUGAGCGAGUGCAGAACAACUUCCUAUGGCAAGCCUUUAGUGUCUGUAAGCAGCGCCUACUUUCCAAAAAUGGUCUAAAUGAGCUUGGAGAGAAGAUCCUCUACCACGGCACCUCAGAAAAGUCAUGCAAAUCUAUAGAAAAGGACAGAUUUGACCGGAGCUUUGUAGGAACACAUGGUGCCAUGUAUGGAAAUGGAGUUUACUUUGCUGUAAAUGCACAGUAUUCGGCCAGUAGAUUUUCCCAAGCAGACGCCUCAGGCGUGAAGCGGUUGUUUGUGGCUCGUGUCCUGACUGGCCGGUUCACACGCGGUAAUGCCAACAUGAAGUCCCCCCCUCCUCGAGGCACAGACCACACGGACUGCUUCGACAGUUUAGUGGACAACCAGCAGCAUCCCACCAUGUUUGUGAUCUUCCGCGAUGAUCAGGCUUACCCAGAAUACCUGGUCACUUUCACCUGAGGGCGAAGUCAUGAUCACAUUACAUUACAUUACAUUACAUGUCAUUUAGCAGAUGCUUUUAUCCAAAGCGGCUUACAAUGGAAUUGAGUACAAUCAGCCAGGGGUGGAGUCGGACUUGCGACCAUGAUGUCUUUCACACACAGGGUACCGGUCUUAACCACUGAGCCACUCCACCCCAUCACAUCAGGUGCUGUGACAAGAAUACGUGUAGAACGUGUUUACUUCCAAAUUCUACUCCCGGUAGAUGUUUUUGGUGUGCCCAAAAGUGUUGAUUCAUAUAAUGAAUGGUGCUGAUGCUGGGUUUGCUUGUUAGCCAAUUAAGCCACAUCCCAUAACUGCACUUUAUAAUUCAGUGUGUUUUACCUAAAUUUGUCCUUUAGAAUGGAACUCUUUGUAUUGAUUAUUGUGAUGUCAAAAAGCCAUUAUAUUGAUUUUAAAUUACUUUUACAGGAAAAAAAUACACUUGCACAAGGGUCAAUGUAAGGGUUUGCUGAUAAUUUAUAAGUGUUUUUUUCUCAAUGCAGUUAAAUGAGGUAAUAAAUUGUAUGUAGAUUUUGAUUUCUGUGACAUAUUAGAAUCUAAAAUAAUCAUAAUCCAAACAAUAAAACAAUCUGAAGGAAAAACAGUAAUCAUGUU